GCGCCUUCCCGAGGCCCGCCUGGAGCAUGCUGCCCGCAGCCAUGAACGGCCUCGGCCUGGCGCUGCUGGCCGCCCUGCUGUGCUCCGCGCCCGCUCACAGCCUGUGGUGCCAGGACUGUACCCUGACCACCAACUCGAGCCACUGCACCCCAAAGCAGUGCCAGCCGUCCGACACGGUGUGUGCCAGCGUCCGGAUCACCGACCCCAGCAGCAGCAGGAAGGACCACUCCGUGAACAAGAUGUGUGCUUCCUCCUGUGACUUCGUGAAGCGGCACUUCUUCUCGGACUAUCUGAUGGGCUUCAUUAACUCUGGGAUCUUACAAGUCGAUGUGGACUGCUGCGGGACAGAUCUGUGCAACGGGGGGCCGCGGGCAGGGGGUGGCCCCUGGGCCCUGGCUGGGGGGCUGCUGCUCAGCCUGGGGCCUGCCCUCCUCUGGGCUGGGCCAUGAAGCCCUCCCCCUCCGGCAGGGCUUUGAGCUGAUUCCCUCCCUGGGACUCGAGGCCUCCCUCUGUCUCCAGCAGCUCCAAGUCCCAGCCAGCAGAAUGUCUCCGGGCCCCGUGGGUGUGGGCUGGGGGCUGGGACCCCCAGGUCUCCGAGGGGAAGCCAGGCAGAGCCAGGCCCAGCCCCACAGCCUGGCUGUGAGGGCAUCUUCCGUGGAGAAAUAAAGUCACUUCUGGUCCAGA